AUGAAGCAGUAUGUGUAUCCUUUUUUAUGCGCUGCAUUGCCAUCUUUUGUAACAUCCCUUGGUCUUCUCAUGCCUGUGGUGUUUAUGAGUGUAUUCUGCACAGAUAAAGCUACUUGCUUACUUCGCUGGAUCGUAACAAACGCUUUCCCCUCUUGCAUUACAAAGAAAAACGACAAUGGAGUGACGAGAUGGUUUUUCGGGGACAUAGAUCUUACGACUUCAGAGGAGCUGUUAAGUAAAGUUCUUUCCAGUCUAUCCGCGUUGUUCCUCAUGCUUUUCUUCGUGGCUUCGAAUUUAUUCUGGUCGACACUUCUGCUUGACAUCACCACCAGCUGCAAGCCGAAUGACCAUACCAUCGAGUGUUUCAAGAACGAUGUGAAGGAAAAUGUCAAGUUUUGGAAGGCUUUUUCGCGUUUAAGUGAUGAUCCCAUCGACUGUAACAGCGCUGAGUUACAGAAUGGAUCAGUAGACGUGAUUUGUUACCAAAUCGUCUUCAAUAUUGGAGCAGCAUGCGGUGCAGGUUACGGAGCAUUCAAGCUCGCUGUGAUCAUCCUGAAUGCUGCUACCACCUUGAUGAUGCUACAUCAGAGAUCUCGAAGCGUAAAACGAACAAGAAUUAUCAUUGGACUAUCACUCACUGCCAUAUAUGUGGCUUUAGUGGUUUCUGGAGUCGUGGAAAGCAACAGGGGUUCCGCAAUCGUCAAACCCGAUUCUCAAGGUGUUGUUUUGGUUCUGCAAUUUUUAAUGUUUUUUUUGGGAAUUAUAUUUGUGUUUUUUGUACCUUGGAACGAACUAGUUACCCUUCGAAAUAACAUGCAUCUUUACGAACCCAUUGUUUAG